AUGUCAUACAAUGAUGUCAUCAGCAAUGCAUCAAAUUUUGCCAUCCUCCCUUUCAUCAGGGUCACUGCAAAAGGCAUUGGAAAGGAAUGCCAUAAACCUCCGAUGAUGUCAUACAAUGAUGUUAUCAGUAAUGCAUCAAAUUUUGCCAUCCUCCCUUUCAUCAGGGUCACUGCAAAAGGCAUUGGAAAGAGUGCUGAAUUUACUGGAUUUACGCCUUACUCAAGAUUAUCUAGAAGCAUGAAUACAAAUAAUACAAUAUGUCCUCAAUAUGAAAAUGUCUCAUUUUUCUGUCCGACAGAAAGGACUUUUGGUAAACGUGUGUCAAUGUAUUUUUUCUUGGUUGCCUGCACCACAGUUACUAUCUUUGGGAACCUGGGAAUAAUAAUUUCCAUUACUCACUUUAAACAACUCCAUUCACCAACCAACUUUCUUAUUCUUUCAAUGGCUGCCACUGACUUUUUCCUUGGCCUCAUCAUAAUGCCCUAUAGUAUGGUCAGAUCUGUGGAAAGGUGCUGGUAUUUCGGAAACCUGUUUUGCAAGAUUCACUAUAGUUUUGAUUUGAUGCUUAGUGUUAUUUCAAUCUUUCAUCUAUGUUCUAUUGCAAUUGACAGGUUUUAUGCUGUGUGUGACCCACUUCACUACCAUUCUAAAAUGACCAUUUCAGUAAUAAAGAGAAUGGUAUUCUUUUGUUGGUCACUACCUGCUAUAUUUGCUUUUGGAGUGGUUAUAACAAACUCCCAUGUGUCUGGAAUAGAUGGGUAUGAGAUAUUGGUGGAAUGCUUUAACUUAUGCCCUAUUACAUUUAAUAAAUUAUGGUCUGUAAUAAUGUUUUUUGCAUGUUUUUUUGCUCCUGGAUCAGUAAUGGUUGGAAUUUACAUAAAAAUAUUUAUUGUAUCACAAAAACACAGUAAAAUCCUUAAAAAUAUGACUGGGAAACCGAAAGAGGAAGUUACCACUCAGCUCUCUAAGAAACAAGAUCGAAAAGCUGCAAAGACAUUAGGUAUUGUAAUGGGAGUCUUUAUUACUUGUUGGCUCCCUGUCUUUAUUACAAUUAUAAUUGAUCCAUUUUUUAAUUUUUCCACUCCUGAAGUAUUGUUUGAUGCAUUAAACUGGCUUGGAUAUAUUAACUCCACAUGUAACCCCUUAAUAUAUGGAUUCUUUUACCCAUGGUUUAGAAAAGCUUUGAAAUAUAUAAUUUUGGGCAAAAUAUUUGACCCCCAUUCUUGUACAGCUAAUCUAUGUGAAAAUCACUGA